AUGGCCAGUGCGUAUCCUAACACUCACCACACAUCGCCAAUCACCCUCAAUUCCCACAUCGACCAGCAUCCACCGUUAUUCGUCGUCAACAGUCGCUGUGGCCCGUCGAGAGCGAGGUGGAUCAGUCAGGAUGCAUCAAGACCGUGUUUCGUCCCUCGCAGUCCACUCUGCAUCGAUGGCGAGAGGCACAGCUCGCUGUCGGGUGUGCCCACGGCGUCCUUUUCAUUGUUACAAAGGCGGGCGGAGGAGAAUUGUCAGGUGAAUCCACGUCCAAGCAAAUAUUUUAUCAACCAACUCACAACGUCAGUCAACCUCAAAGCUCACCAUGGGCACCGCGUAUUGUUACGAUCGGUAUUCUUCGCCAAUCACCCUCAACACUCGUAUCAACCACCAUCCAUCGCUAUUCACCCACAACAAUCGAGGCGGCCGAGAGAUCGAGAGCAGGAUGAAAUAGCCGGGAAGCGUCAAGCGCGUAUCGUCCAUCUCGGUAUCAAUGGCGAGGGGUGCCCCUCGCUGUUGGGUAGGGGCCAGGCGUCGUUUUUGGUCGUUACAGAGGCGGGCAGAGGUGACUGGUUAGGAGAACCUACGUCCAAGUCAUCGGCUGCUUACCUCGUUUAUCGUGUCGCCGUUCAGCCUAUCCAGCAAGCGUUAAAUUAA